CCAAGCAGUCAACUCCGAUCCCAGCCGGUGCGAAUUUCCAAGUGGACAAGCACACGAUAGACCCGACCCGGCAAUUACUCAUAGUGGAAGCUGUUCACAGACUCUUUGCUCUUGCAACCCCCCGGAAACAAGAUUCACGCUGUCUCACUCAACCGCAUAUCACCACCAAAAAAGCCUCCCCCAAUCGACCUCGACCAUAGUGUGUGUGACACCACCACACCGACCGACCGACCGACCGAUAGCCAUACCCCUCCAUCGUGACCCCGCGCUGCGAUUCGAUUCGUCCAGACCGAAUCCGACCGUACCUUAGCCUGCCAAACCUCAGCAAGGUGCCGCAGCAGCAGGAACCCUUUAUAUUCGGCCGAUCGCCCCUCCUCGAAAUCCUUCUUUUCUUUUUUUCUCCCCUCGUCGUCACACAUCGACCGGCCUCAUGGGUGAUAUGGCGAACGACAUCAAGCUCCUCAAGGGCAGCAGCCAUGGGGAAUUGUCCGAGAAGGUCGCUCAGCGACUGGGCAUUCCCCUUGCGAAGACUAUGAGCUUGAACUACUCCAACCAAGAGACGAGUGUCACCGUUGGCGAGAGCGUCCGCGACGAGGAUGUCUUCAUCGUCCAGUCCAGCGAGCCCGGCAACAUCAACGACGGACUCAUGGAGCUUCUCAUCAUGAUCCACGCCUGCAGAACCGCGUCUGCCCGCCGAAUCACCGCCGUCAUUCCUUGCUUCCCUUACGCUAGACAGGACAAGAAGGAUAAGAGCCGUGCUCCGAUUAGCGCCAAGCUUGUCGCGAACAUGUUGCAGGUUUCCGGCUGCAACCACGUCAUCACGAUGGACCUUCACGCCUCGCAGAUCCAGGGAUUCUUCAACAUCCCCGUCGACAACCUGUACGCCGAGCCGAGUGUCCUCCAGUGGAUCAGACAGAACAUGAACGUCGAGGACUGCGUCAUCGUCAGUCCCGACGCGGGCGGCGCCAAGCGUGCCACCGGUAUUGCCGAUCGCCUGGAGACCGGCUUCGCCCUCAUCCACAAGGAGCGUCCGCGCCCCAACGUUGUCGGCCGCAUGAUUCUCGUCGGAGACGUCACUGACAAGAUUGCCAUUCUGGUCGACGACAUGGCUGACACUUGUGGCACCCUCGCCAAGGCUGCGGAGACUCUCGAGACCGGCGGUGCGCGUGAAGUCAUCGCUAUCGUCACCCACGGCGUCCUCAGCGGUAACGCCGUCGAGACGCUGAACAAGAGCUGCCUCUCCCGCGUCGUCGUCACCAACACGGUGCCCCUCGGCGACAAGAUUGAGCGCUGCCCCAAGCUGCGCGUCAUCGACAUCAGCCAGGUUCUGGGCGAGGCCAUCCGCCGCACCCACAACGGCGAGAGCGUCAGCUACCUCUUCAACCACGUUCCCGUCUAGAGAGGGGUUCCGUGAUGGGUGGGGGGAGGUUUCAAAGAGUUUCGGUAGCAGCAGCCUUUUAGGUUUUCAUGGCAUAUUGGAAGGGGGCGUAACGGCACAAAACGGGUCAUUUGCGGGUUUUCCUUUUUUUUUUUACCGGCAGGAAGAAAACUGCGUUUAGAGAAAAGUUUCGGGUGAACCGACGUAUUUCCAGAUCAGAAGAACGAAAUGGAUUCUCUCUAUGAA